AUGCAUCUGAUCUCUAUUAUUUUGCUCUCUCUCUUCACCUGCCGGCCAAUCCUGGCCCAGAUAGUUAUUACCUACUUUAUCGAGCAUCCUUUAAACACCACAUUUACUAUUUAUGACGACUUCAAUGGAGACAUUCUUGGUAUUGGAGCUGGUGACGAUGGGGCCCUAGAGGUUCAACCAAACUCAACAACACGCUGGCAUUUCGAGCGAAUUUUCGACUACAACUACAUCAUCAAGGAGAGCAACAGCAACAGAUACAUACAUAUUCCCGACCCAAAACUCGGAUCAAUCGCCACAGUAAGCGAGACAGCGGCGACUGUGAUUGACCCAGCCAUAUAUAGAAAUGCCCAAUUUAAAUUCUACGUCCACCGCGAAGGCCCGGGACUGUUCUUCACUGUGGAACCCUUUAGCACUGAACAGCCAAAUCGCCUUGUUAUCAAGCUUCGAGAAAGAGGGGGUGGCGAUCGACAAGACUUUACCUUCAUCAAACUUCCAAAAAUAGCAGCUAGGGACGAAGGUGCAAUGUGA